CUCAAAGUUUCCGCCCGCCAACCGCGCUCUGCUACUAACCCAGUUUCACACGCUACUUCUGUGCUAACUAAAACUAUAUAAAUGACGUUAUAUUGAAUGUAUGGAAUUAUUGUAACAGUGUAUUUUAAUUGUUACACAAUGUACACGUACCGUGGGUGUUUUCAAAAUUGAUGGUUGGAAUAAGGGCGUGAUCGCAUGGACGAAGGCACCGUACCGGGCUCCGGCCGGGGCACCUGCACGCCUGCCAACAGCCUUAUCUCGCGAUACGAUGCCUUGAAUAGAAUGACAGUUACUGAGAUGCAAGACUCGUGAAACGUCGAGAUCUGCGAUAACGUGUUCGAACUUAGACAAUAAUAGAAAGAGCCUUGGAAUAUCAUAAUGAACACGACCGAGCAGAGUCUCGACGUGAACAGGUCCACCCCCAUCUAUACUAUCGGUACCAGUUUUAUAACACAAUGGAAGCUGCAAAAGUUUAGGCAACGCACCUGCUUACCCUCCGGGAGCUAUCAGGACUGCCAGAACGGCACCAACUUCACCGACGUAUACUACUUCAAUAGCACCCUAGAGAAUAUACUGGCUACUAAUGGUGAAUUGCAACCAGUGCUCCCACCGUUUCCUCUUUGGCUGGCAUCAAUCUUCGCGACAUUGCUGGUAUUAGUGAUACUGUUGACGGUCAGCGGUAACGUCCUUGUAUUACUCGCCUUCCUGGUGGAUAGGACUAUCCGACAGCCAAGCAACUACUUCAUAGCUUCACUCGCCGCUACCGACCUGUUGAUUGGUACUCUUUCACUCCCGUUUUAUACCGACUAUGUCUUGAAAGGAUAUUGGCAUUUAGGUCCGUUACUCUGCGACUUAUGGCUAUCAGUAGAUUACACAGUUUGUCUUGUAUCACAAUACACUGUUCUCCUUAUAACAGUGGAUAGAUUCUGCAGCGUAAAAAUAGCAGCGAGAUAUAGAGCUUGGCGAACGAAAAACCGGGUUAUAUGGAUGGUCACAGUUACAUGGAUAAUACCAGCCUUAUUAUUUUUUACGACUAUAUUCGGAUGGGAACAUUUCGUAGGAUAUAGAGAUUUACAAGAAGGUGAGUGCGCAGUACAAUUCCUUAAAGAUCCCAUUUUCAAUACAGCUUUAAUUAUUGGCUAUUAUUGGACAACAUUGUUUGUUCUUAUUGUACUGUACGCAGGGAUAUUUAAGACUGCAUACGAUAUGCAGAAAAAAAGUGAAGCGAAACAAAGGAAAAUGCAGUCUAUGGUUGCUUUAAGUGCUGGUUUCAUGACUGGUAUGGCAGGGCGUGCUGCCGGCACCUCGGGUUUGUCGAAAGCGACUAUUUCCAGUGAAGAUCAAAUUAAAGUUCCCGACCCCGUUCGUAAAGAUUCUACAUCAAAAGGAUCGUUAGCAGCUCCAUUAUUAAAUUUAGGUGGUUCCACUGAUUCUAACUCAAGUCAAAAAUCAUCAGCUCAUAAAAGCAGUGCUACUGGUACAGGAACGUCAACAACUGCUGAAUCGGAUCCUGAAAAGAAAGAAGAACAAGUAGAAGCAGAAAGAUCCAGUAGUCCAGCUUUUGAUUCUGAUGAUGAGAGCACAACACAGUCGAAUGUUAAAAAAAGACCGUCUGUGGUUAAUUUGGUUAUGCAAACAGGUGCAAUGCAAUUACUUAAUAAUAUGCGUAUGAAUGGUGGCAUGUUAAUAAAAACUGAUUUAAAGCAAUCUCCGUUAUUUAAGCAUGAUUCAGAUAAACCUAAGUCAUCAUUAUCACAGAUAUCCGAAAAAAGUUUAUUAGAUACAGAUAAUCCAGAUAACUCUCAAAGUAACGGUCAACCAGCAGUAACAGUACCUUUAUCGACUACAAGUCUUAUAUCUCCCAUAUCAUCAGGAAUAGUUACGCCGUCCGAUCAAAGAGAGGUUUCAACUACAAUUGCUCAAAGAAUAAUUCCUCCUCCAACAGAAUUUAGAUGUAGCCCUCCAGUAUCUGAAAGUCCCCCAUCUCAAUCAGAAUCAUCAAAAACCAGGACAGUCAGAGUGGUUAAAAGUGAUGGUAGUUCAUACGACGUACUAGUAGGAAUGGAUGGUGCUGACUUGCGAUAUAUGGAUGAAAGUUCUAUUAUUUUACCUUCGCCUACUUAUGAGAGUCCUCCAUCAUCGAUAACAUUUCCUACUGCCACUGAACCAUCAUCUCCCCCUACUUUAAAUUCGGGUAAUGUUACAAACACAUCUUUAUUACAAGCUGCUUUAAUUAGAGCAACAGCUGAAGCUCAAGUAACACAACCCAAAACAAAUGUAUCUCCCCCUCCACCAAUCAAAGUGAAUACAGAAGUAAGUUUAACUACGGGAGAGCGACCUAAGCCUGUGAUUACUCUUGUUUCAUCGUCUUCCAAUAAUAAUGAGCCACAACCGCCCAAACCGACUGGAACUAAAAUUACGCCAUUAAAAUUAAAUCCAGUAAGCUCAGCUGUUGAGAACAGCGAUAUUUCCAGCACGGCUGUAACUGGGUCAGGUCGCGGCGACUCGAAGAAGGAGUUCGUCAAAAACAUAGGAAAAAAAUUGAAAGUUAAACGUUCGAAACGAGACGGCUUGUUUCAGAGUAUCGGUCGGCAGAAGUCCAAAUCGGAAAAUAGAGCUAGGAAAGCCUUUAGAACCAUAUCUUUCAUAUUAGGAGCAUUUGUUAUAUGUUGGACCCCAUAUCAUAUAGUUGCUCUAGUGGAGGGAUUUUGUACCGACCCACCUUGUAUUAAUAAACAUUUUUAUAUGUUCUCAUACUUUUUAUGUUACGCUAAUAGCCCAAUAAAUCCUUUUUGCUACGCGCUAGCGAACCAACAAUUCAAGAAGACUUUCACUAGGCUUUUACGAGGCGACUUUCAUAUCACCUAGUCCAUGUAUGUUGGUUACAAAUAAGCGUAAUGUAUUCAAUUCCAAUGCUAAUAUGGUUGAAAAUUACGCGCACAAUAUUCGAAUGAUGACCAUUCCAAUAUUGCUAAUCAUAAGACAAUACCAAUAAAUUAAUUAUGUUAAGUAUUCGUACGCUUUUGAUGUAUAGAAAUGAUGAAGAUGUUGGUGAUUAUCGUAUAGAUUGUGUAAUAAAUGUAUAGCGAAUCUUUGGCAUUGCCGAUUUGUAAAUAAGUAGGUACGUUGUAUAAUUUAUUUGGUCUUUAAAGUUCAGAACUGACAAUAAAGUGUUAGAGCAUGUAAAUAAAUGUUAGGUGUAUUAUUUUACCUUCGCCUACUUAUGAGAGUCCUCCAUCAUCGAUAACAUUUCCUACUGCCACUGAACCAUCAUCUCCCCCUACUUUAAAUUCGGGUAAUGUUACAAACACAUCUUUAUUACAAGCUGCUUUAAUUAGAGCAACAGCUGAAGCUCAAGUAACACAACCCAAAACAAAUGUAUCUCCCCCUCCACCAAUCAAAGUGAAUACAGAAGUAAGUUUAACUACGGGAGAGCGACCUAAGCCUGUGAUUACUCUUGUUUCAUCGUCUUCCAAUAAUAAUGAGCCACAAC